AUGGUCAAAGCGACGUACACCACUCCGCUGAAGAACAUCCCACAUACUCAUCAACAACAAUGGCAAACCGUAGUCUGUUUUGGUAACACAUUUUUUUUUUUUAUAGGAGCAACAAGGUUUGAAACGGUGUGUGUUCAUACCUGAUAUAACUCCUAAAUUACCGCGCUAUUUUAAAAGACUCGUAUGUUCGUUUGUGGCUAAAUUUUCGUUCUACAUUUUUCCUGAAAAUGUGCGAGGCGCUCACACAGGCUGUGCAUGUGUGUCCCUGCUGCCUUUCUGCUGGGCUACUGCUGCUAACCUAGCUGCUUCUUUUUUUACACGGCGGUUAGCCUCCGUUAGCCUGGCCGCGUUUAUUAACUAGUAGAGGAAACAAAAGAUACAGACGAAUGUAAACCCUGUUCGUGCUGUUUGAUUUGCGAAAACAACCCCAAACUAAUCGCCUACUGUCGCUGUCGGGUAAGGGGAUAAGUGUUGUAUGAUUUAUCGUGGAAAACACUUUGCUGGCUAGCUAAUAGGCUAGCUAUUUGAUUGUGUUCGUCGACUGAGGAAAACGGCGAGUUUUCUUUGAAAGUAUGGAUGAUCAGACUAGGAUGCUGACGGGUCUCACCGGACUCGGUGGACUAUCACAGCCCGAUGUCGGUGAUCCGGACUCGGUCCGGAAACAACAGUCCCUCGGUCAGCCGCAACAAGACAUUGGAGAUAUUCUACAGCAAAUAAUGGCCAUCACCGACGAAAGCCUGGACGAAGCACAGGCCAGAUCCUGGCCAGAGGAAUCGCCAGCGCAUUGGGGUGGAUCAGACGACCCCACAGAGGGAGGGAGAGCAGGGGGGGGCAUGGCAGGGGGUGGCCUGCCACUCAACUUCCAGCACAGGAAGCAUGCCCUGAACUGUCACAGAAUGAAACCAGCACUCUUCAGCGUUCUUUGUGAGAUCAAAGAAAAGACAGUUCUGAGUAUACGAGGUGUACAGGAAGAAGACCCCCCAGACCCCCAAAUCAUGCGGUUGGACAACAUGUUGCUUGCAGAGGGCGUGUCAGGACCAGAGAAAGGCGGGGGAUCGGCUGCAGCCGCUGCAGCUGCAGCCGCAGCAGGGGGCUCACCCACCGACAGCAGCAUUGAACACUCUGACUACAGAGCCAAACUUGCCCAGAUCCGUCAGAUAUAUCAUUCUGAGCUGGAGAAAUAUGAACAGGCCUGCAGUGAAUUCACCAACCAUGUAAUGAACCUGCUGAGGGAGCAGUCUCGCACACGGCCCAUCUCUCCCAAGGAGAUUGAACGCAUGGUGGCCAUAAUCCACCGUAAAUUUAGCUCCAUCCAGAUGCAGCUCAAACAGAGCACCUGCGAGGCAGUCAUGAUUUUGCGCUCACGCUUCCUUGACGCCAGACGUAAGAGGCGCAACUUCAACAAGCAAGCCACAGAAGUACUGAACGAGUAUUUCUACUCCCACUUGUCUAACCCCUACCCCAGCGAGGAAGCAAAGGAGGAACUGGCCAAAAAGUGUGGGAUCACUGUGUCUCAGGUCUCUAAUUGGUUUGGCAACAAGAGAAUACGCUACAAGAAGAACAUCGGUAAGUUCCAGGAAGAAGCUAAUCUGUACGCGGUUAAAACGGCGGUGGAUGCUGCGAAUGUGUCAGCGCAAGCCAGUCAGGCUAACUCUCCAGCAACACCCAACUCAGGUGGAUACCCUGCACCGUGCUACACACCUGACGGGCGGCUAUGAGGAGUUGUCAAGCAGUGGCCUCUUCACCCCUCAUCGCCUGGAUGCUAACAGCUGGCAGGACACCACCAACCCGCCCUCGGUUACCUCCCCUCCUGGUCCACCUGGCAGCGUCCACUCUGACACUUCCAACUGAUCUGGUGGCUUUACCUGCCUUCUCUUUAUUCCCACUGUGGUCUGCUGUUAAAAUCAUCUUGUGUUCCUAUUUUUCUUCUUUUUUUUUUUUUGUUUCAUUUCUCCCCUGUGAACAGGCCACAUGAAGUUGUAUACACAUUUCAUUCACACUUGCUGUUCUGGACCACAGGACAGCUGUACAGUAGCUGGGAGGAAAUUCUCCUUUCACCUUCAUUCCAGUUCUCCGCUCUUUAAAAGUUAAAAAGGGGAAUGGAGCUCAGAGACAUAAUGAAAAACAUCCUUAUUGUCAAGGACUUUGAAAAAAACAAAACAAAAAAAACACAUCCAGCUGUGUAGAUGAUCAUGAUGUCUGUACAUUAUGUGUAUAUGCACGUUAACUUUACACAGUACUCCCACGGCUUGUUCAUGUGCUGUUUGACCUUUACACUCAACUCUUUGCUUUGGGAAACUGUGUGUAAUUGCCCGUAUCUGCUGAAGCCUUGGCAUCUGACAGCCAAACUGUGGUUACGGACCACCAGGGAGCUCUGCUCACCUUGCUUGUACCAAAGUGCUGCCCCAGUGUUCCUCUGAGAUUACCCUCUGCCUACUCAACACAAGACACUGUUGCAUCAAUGUAUCCUUCCGUUAGGAUUUUAAGGUGAGCAACUGAUGUUUGCACAGAGGUGCACGCAACUGUCCCCAAAACAUACAGCUCACAACUUGUCAGCUGUUCUCAUUAUGAGCUGACAUAAGCGAUGUGUCAAGCACAGAUGUUAGCAUCCUUGCUAUGGGUUUCUACCUUUCUAGGAAGGUGAGGGGAUCCCUGCUCCGAACCAGGCAGGACAAGAGAUGGUAGGGCUGGUGUGAAGAGAAUAGGAGAACAUCUUUGGUUGAGCAUAUGUAACCAAUAGCUCUUUCCACUGCUAACCCAUAGAGGGUGUUGGUAGAUGGCUUGUAGACUUUACUUCUUUCUUUCUGUCCACUAGUUUAUUUGAUUGUAGACUAUCAUCUAAUGCUGUUUCACCAAGAAUGCACCAGCCACCACCAAAAAUUAGCUCAAUACGACAUCUUUAUGACAAACGAAGGGUGGAAAGAUUGCGAGGCAUCGAUGUAUUACUGGAACAAAUGUGACAUGAACUUAGAAAUGUGACUGUCUUCCAUGCAUGUAGGACUUCUAGGUGUUAUACUGUUUUUCAUUUACGUUUUUAGCUUAAUUUGUAUUAACGAGAGAAAAAAAUGAAUAAAUAAAAAGGUAAAACUAUUACAGUCAGACCAAAACCAAAAAAAAAGUGCAUCACAUGUCGAUGUGUCUGUGUGGACGUGUAAAAGGUUCCUGGGAUAUCUUAGUCAAACUGGCUGGUGCUCCUUCGAACUUUGUAAGCAUUAUGUAGACUGGGCGCUUCCACCAGCUAACGACACGCAAGGUGGGGUUCAACUUAGAUUUUUUUUCCCCAUCUUGAAACUUAAGCUUGUGAGCCUGAGGCAACAUGUUAACAACCUGAUGUUGUACCAAAACCAAAUAUACAAAGUUCAGCAAUGUAAUAAUGCUACUUUUUUUAAAACAUUGGUGCGCAGUCGCCUUUUACAUUUGAGGAGGGAAUUCUGUUUGUACCUGUGUCUCUUUGUGGUGUUGUCAUGCCUCAAGUUGGUUUAUUUUUGUUUUGUUUUAAAUGGGGCUUCAUAAAUGAUGGGUGGAGUUAACACUCAUCACACCUGUGAUUUGAUUUUGAGCAUAAAAGAAAUGCUCUGCCCUUUCUUUAUCCUUUAAUACCGUCUGGUAAAAAAACCCCCAUCUUUUUAUGUUCCACGGCCAAUUGGGCAAGGGCUUCUCUCUCUCCUCUGUUACCAAAAAAGAGGCAGCACUGGGUGUAGUAAAACUCUUAAUUUGUGUGUAGGACAAACCUGCCACAUUUUGGCAAUUUCCAUUCGUUAAAGCUGUUUUAUACAUUAAAGAUUACGUGAAUAACAAGGCGUUUUGAUAGUAAGGUAAAGCCUUAUUAAGAUUUGUCAUUAAAGAGUUUGUUUGAACCAUGUUACAAAACAGAAGCUGAGCUUGAAAGCCAGUCACACGUUAUCUCUCACAUUUCAUUUCCUGUUUUGUCUCACGCAGCAUCUUGUUAUUGCUGCGUCUUGAGUAAUGGCGUCGUCACACCAAAUUAUCAUGCCGCCCCUUUUUUUCUACUUGUUGUAAUGGAUGUCACUGUACAGUUUGUGUAAUGUUUCAGUACAUUUUCUUUUUCUUUUAUAAAACUUUGUUUGGUUGAGAUAUCUACUGUUUCACAGGAUUCACGCUAACUCUGUAUUGGCUUUGAAUAUUAUUUAGAUCUUUUGUUACAUAACCAAGUUGCAGUGUAGGAUGAACAAAUGUAAUGUGGUGCUGUGGAACUAUUUUUUUUAUUUUUAUUUUCCUAUAACUAUUUCAUCCCCUUUUUAAUUUCCACAUUGGGUUUUACUUCUUGAAUGCUUAAACUACAAGUUUCCCCUCGUUUGUUGCCUCGGUGAGUUGCCACUAUUGCCAUUCACCUCAAUUUAUUACAGCAGAAACAUCAAUGCCUAAAUACUUGAUGUCAAUAUAUACACUUUGUGAGCUCAUGCAUUUCGCAGCGCCGUUGUAACUCAUCAAUAAAAAUAAUCUUAUUGUAAACAAGUAUUUUGAUCAUUCGACUGGUUUAGUUCCACAGCACCAAAUGUCUUUGUAAACCUUCAUUUGUUUGUUUUUAUUAGUAUAUUUGUAUCUCCCUCUUUCCCUUGUAUUUACCCCUCUCUCUACCUCUGUCUUUCCAUUUCUCUUGUAUAUAACCCCACUGUUUUCAGACUUGUGAGUCUGUAUGAACUCCUUUUAUACCUCAACUUUAGAAUUGAUCUAGAAAGAGUAAAACAAAACGGAAGAAUAUGACAAAAUUGUAGUGUUCUUAUUAGAAAAUUAAUAAAAAAAAAACAAUUUAGUGUGA